AUUUACAUACAAUGUCCAACCCUAUUGAAGAAGGAAAGAAGUUAGCAGCUUAUCGUGCUGUGGAUGAAUACAUCACAGCCGACCAUAAGGUGAUUGGUAUCGGAUCUGGAUCUACUGUGGUGUAUGUUGUCGAACGUAUUUUGCAAAGACCGGAAUUAAAGCACAUUGUUUAUAUCCCCACUUCUUUCCAAAGCAAGUUAUUGAUUAUUGACGGUGGUCUUACUUUAGGCAGCAUUGAACAGUAUCCCGAGAUCGAUGUGACAAUUGAUGGAGCUGAUGAAGUGGAUUCCGAUUUAAAUGUCAUUAAGGGAGGAGGAGCAUGUCAAUUCCAAGAAAAGGUGGUUGCCGAAGCAGCCAAGAAAUUUGUGAUUGUGGCCGAUUUUAGAAAGAAGUCCAAGUUGUUGGGUACAGAAUGGACUAAGGGUGUGCCCAUUGAAGUAGUCCCCAUGACCUAUCAAAGUGUAAUGAAAUCCAUCGAUACCAAAUUAAGUCUGAAACCCCUCAGCUCCAAGCUUCGUAUGGCAGUCAAUAAGGCAGGCCCCGUUGUCACGGACAAUGGCAACUUUGUCAUCGAUACGCAUUUUGGUCCCAUCGAAAACCCUCUCGCCUUAUUAAGAGAAAUCAAGUUGUUGACAGGUGUUUAUGAAGUUGGCUUGUUUUGUCAAAUGGUUGAAAAGGCUUACUUUGGUGAGGAAAAUGGAACAGUGGAUAUCUGGACCAAAUAAAAAAAAAAAAGUCGCGUUAUGUAUUAGAACUCCGACAAAGUUUUUUUUUUUUUUUUUUUUUUUUAAAUGGGUGCAGGCCAAAAAAAGGUUUUUGAAAAAAAAGAAAAAUGUAUACAUGUUAAGGGAGAUAUUACAUGUAGAUCAAGUGUUACUUUACUG